AUGACGACCGAGGCUGAAUCUGAGGAGGAAGAAGAGGAGGAGGAAGAGGAAGGGGAAGAGAAACCUCCCUGUGUAGACGGAGAGCCAGCAGACAGCUCACAGGAGAAAGACUCAGAAGAUAAGAUCGUAGCUCAGAAGAGGACGGUGCCGUUCUUCGCCUGGUCGCUGCUGGAGUCGGUCGGGUUAACAGACGUUAAGCUGCAGACGGACAGUAAAGAGUGCAGUCUCUCCUUCACUGUGUACGGAGGUGACGGGCGAGCGAGGCGAGAGAUGGCCUCGCUGGGCGAGAUGCUUCACUGUCUGACGGGUCGAUGCCCGCAUGAAUACGAGAUGUACGGCUGCUACUGCGGACAGGAAGGAGGAGACAGAGGCCAACCUCUGGACCAGCUGGACAGGUGCUGCUUCUUCCAUCAGUGCUGCCUGAAGCAGAUCAGUACGAUGGGCUGCAGGUCGGACAGGAAGCUCAACGCUCAGAUCUCCUGUCAGAGCGGGAAACCUCGAUUCUUCACCACUCUGGCCAUUAUGACCAUCGAGCUGGCCAACGAGGAAGUCGUCAUCGACCUCAUCCGACUCGCCAUCGCUCUGCAGGAUAUGGCUCUGGCCAACGAGGAGAACAUGCCGAUGGUUAUCCGCUGUGGCAUCAUGGCGUUAGUGGCGGCGUAUCUUAACUUCCUCAGCCAGAUGAUCGCCAACCCGCCUUUCGAUCAGCACGUCAGCAAGGUGAUCGAGUUGAGGACCCUGGACGCUCCGUAUCUUCUCCCAGAGCACAUCUUCAGAGACAAGUGUCCAUUCCCUGAGUCUUUGGAGAAGGAGGACAGACCGCUGUACUUCCAGACGACCGACAUGGCGGAGUGUCUGGCUGGACCGGGAUACAACUCAGAGAGACUGUCCAUCCCUUACGUUCCCCAAGUCACAGAUGAAGAUCGUCUCACCAGGAGGAAGAGCUUCGUCGACACGAUCUCUCUGCAGGUCGACAUCAUGUCCAACAGCCUCCCAGACAAGUCGCAGCUCGCUGAGGAAAUCACGUUUGAGACUCUGAAGAAGGCGAUCGACACUACGGGUCUGGAGGAGCAGGAGAGAGAGAAGCGGCGUCAGGUGAUGGAGAAGUUCCAGAAAGCUCCGUUUGAGGAGAUCGCUGCUCACUGCGAGUCCAAGGCGAACAUGUUGCACGACCGGCUGGCUCAAAUCUUUGAACUCACUAUUCGGCCUCCUCCCAGUCCGUCCGGAGUGGUUUCCAUCUCAGCGGGACACACCCAGCACCAGUCCGUCCCCGUCUACGAGAUGAAGUUUCCAGACCUGUGUGUCUACUGAAAACACACACACACACACACACACACACACACACACACACACACACACACACGCACACACACACACACACACACGCAGAGAACAGCACUCCAGUUUUUCUACCAUUCAGACCUCUGAAUCGGCUUCAGGGAGGCGAGC